AUGGCGCUGCGCUUCGCCCCGCUCCGGAUCCCGCUCCAGCGCCGGCUCCAAACAGCGGCCGUUCUGCAGUGGGUCUUCUCCUUCCUCGCCCUGGCCCAGCUGUGCUCGCUGCUGUUCGCGCUGGCGCUGCUCGGGCCCCUCCGCCUGCCCGCGCUGCUCUACGGGCUCUGGCUGUGGGCGGACCGCGACACCCCCUGCCGCGGGGGGCGCCCUUCCCGCUGGGUCCGCUCCUGGACGCUCUGGGAGCACUUCCGGGACUACUUCCCCAUCUCGCUGCGGCGCACGGCGCCGCUGGAGCCGAACGGGAGCUACCUCCUGGGCCUGCACCCCCACGGCGUCCUGGCCGCGGGGGCCUUCGGUAACUUCUGCACCGAGGCCACCGGGUUCGGCCGCCUCUUCCCGGGGCUGCGCCCGCAGCUCCUGACCCUGCCCGCCUGGUUCCGGGUGCCGCUGCUGCGGGAAUACCUCAUGGCCGGAGGGUUGGUGUCGUCCGAGCGCCGCAGCCUCGAGUUCCUGCUGGGCCGCACCGGGGGGGGGCACGUGGCCGCCAUCGUGCUCGGGGGGGCCCCCGAGGCCUUGGAUGCGCACCCGGGGGCGCUGCGGCUGCAGCUGAGGCACAGAACGGGCUUCGUGCGGUGCGCGCUGCGGCACGGCGCCGCGCUCGUGCCCGUGUUCUCCUUCGGGGAGAACGAGCUGUUCCGCCAGGUGCGCAACCCCCCCGGCUCCGCCCUGCGCGCGCUCCAGGCCCGCGCCCAGCGCGCGCUCGGGUUCGCGCUCCCGCUCUUCCACGCGCGCGGCGUCUUCCAGUACGACGUCGGGCUCCUCCCCUUCCGGCGGGCCGUGUGCAGCGUGGUGGGGCGGCCCCUGCUGCUGCCGCGCAUCCCGGACCCCCCCCCCGAGGCCGUGGGGCUGUGGCACGAGCGGUACCUGCGGGGCCUCACGGAGCUCUUCGAGCGCCACAAGGGGGACUUCGGGGUCCCCCCCGAGCGGCACCUGACCUUCGUGUGACCCCGGCCCUCC